GGGCCGAGCCGGGCCGGGCCGGGCCCAGGAGCGCGCGGGCGAUGCGGACGGCCAGGCGGGGGUUAGCGGACCCCUGAGCCCCUCGCCGUCGGGCCAGCGAGGGAGCCCCGCGGCGGCGCGCGCCUCAGGCGGCCAGCCCGCCAUGGCCGGGGUCAGCUACGCGGCGCCCUGGUGGGUGAACCUCCUGCACAGGCUGCCCCACUUCGACCUGCGCUGGGAGACCACCAGCAGCCAGUUCCGGCCCGAGGACACCGACUACCAGCAGGCGCUGCUGCUGCUGGGGGCCGCCGCACUGGCCUGCCUCGCCCUGGACCUCCUCUUCCUGCUCUUCUACUCCUUCUGGCUGUGCUGCCGGCAGCGCAAGAGCGAGGAGCACCUGGACGCCGACUGCUGCUGCACGGCCUGGUGCGUGAUCAUCGCCACACUGGUGUGCAGCGCUGGCAUCGCCGUGGGGUUCUAUGGCAACGGGGAGACCAGUGACGGCAUCCAUCGGGCCACCUACUCGCUCCGCCACGCCAACCGCACAGUGGCAGGGGUCCAGGACCGCGUGUGGGACACAGCGGCUGCUCUGAACCGCUCGGCGGAGCCCAGCCUGCAGAGCCUGGAGCGGCAGCUGGCCACGCGGCCAGAGCCCCUGCGUGCGGUCCAGCGGCUGCAGGGCCUUCUCGAGACGCUGCUGGGCUACACAGCUGCCAUCCCGUUCUGGAGGAACCCCGCCGUGUCGCUCGAGGUGCUGGCAGAGCAGGUGGAUCUCUACGACUGGUACAGGUGGCUGGGCUACCUGGGCCUGCUGCUGCUGGACGUGGCCAUCUGCCUGCUGGUGCUGGUCGGCCUUAUCCGCAGCUCCAAGGGCAUUCUGGUUGGGGUCUGCCUACUCGGGGUCCUGGCCCUGGUCAUCAGCUGGGGCGCACUGGGCUUGGAGCUGGCCGUGUCUGUGGGCUCCAGCGACUUCUGUGUGGAUCCCGACACCUACGUGACCAGGAUGGUGGAGGAGCACUCGGUGCUGAGUGGGGACAUCCUGCAGUACUACCUGGCCUGCUCGCCCCGUGCCGUCAACCCCUUCCAGCAGAAGCUGUCCGGCAGCCACAAAGCGCUGGUGGAGAUGCAGGACGUCGUGGCUGAGCUGCUGAAGACCGUCCCCCGGGAGUACCCGGCCACCAAGGACCCCCUGCUGCGUGUCCAGGAGGUGCUGAACGGCACAGAGGUGAACCUGCAGCACCUCACCGCCCUGGUGGACUGCCGCAGUCUGCAUCUGGUCUCUGUGGGCCAUGCUGUCCCCAUCUGGCCUCAGGACUACGUGCAGGCCCUGACGGGCUUCUGUUAUGACGGCGUUGAGGGCCUCAUCUACCUGGCCCUCUUCUCCUUCGUCACGGCCCUCAUGUUCAGCUCUAUUGUCUGCAGCGUCCCCCACACCUGGCAGCAGAAAAGAGGCCCCGAUGAGGAUGGGGAGGAGGAGGCGGCCCCAGGGCCAAGGCAGACGCACGACAGCCUCUACCGCGUGCACAUGCCCAGCCUGUACAGCUGUGGCAGCAGCUACGGCAGCGAGACCAGCAUUCCGGCUGCGGCGCACACCGUCAGCAAUGCCCCGGUCACCGAGUACAUGAGCCAGAACGCGAACUUCCAGAACCCCCGCUGUGAGAACACCCCCCUCAUCGGGCGUGAAUCCCCGCCGCCCUCACGCUAUCUGGCAGCCUUGGACUCUGGCAGCCACGCAGGCUGGCAGUUUAAGCCCAUGGAUAGUGCCCGAAUGCUGUGGUGGCCGUGCCCUCAGAGUGACAGUACACCUCCAGCAUGAGAGCCAAAUACCUCGCCACCAGCCAGCCUCGCCCCGACUCCAGCGGCAGCGGCCACUAGACCGCCACGGCCGGCCGCCCACCCACGUGCCAAUCGCCCUGCUCCUCCCCGUGCCAGCACUGCUGCUUCCUCCUGUGACCAUCCGCCGGACCCUCCGCACGUCUGCCAGGCCCACGGCGGGCACCCUAGCGCCACCCACCCCGCCCCUCCCCUCCCCGCAGGGGCACAGAGAUGCGCGAGCUCUCCUUGGGUCACGCACCUGGACACGGGAGCGGUGCCACCGACACGGGGCCCUCCAGCCCCCACCAUGCCCCUCUGCCCCUGAGGAUGGGGGUUCACAGAGCCCCGCUCCGGGCCAGACUCGCUGUGUCCCCGACGCUUACUCUGCAGCAGGCUGACCUGCGGACCCCCGUCUUCUCGGCUUGCGCCCCAGCCUGCUCUUUCCCUCCUGUAGCUCCGAUGCUUCUCCCAUGCCCUCAAGGCUUCUGUGCGGCCCUUCUUGCGUUCACAGGCUGUGCAGCGCCCCCUCUCGGCCGGGCAGCUGGAGGGGCCUUGGCACGCUCGCCCACUAGGCUCCAGUGCACAAAUUUCCCGGGAGCUCCUCCUUCUCACUCCACCUGACCACAGGCCCCCUCUGCCAGCUGCCAGAAGCCAACCGCCCAGCACCGCUCUCUCCCCCAGCGCCUACCCUGCCUGUGGAGACCAGCCCUCCACAGCGGCAGGAGGACGGCAGGUGCCACGCCGAGCCCAGGCUGCUCACCCAGUGCUGGCCACCUUCUUGGUGCCAAACCCCCUCCCCCACCCCAAGACUUGGCAGCUCGUCUGGUUCAUUUUUGCACUAACCACAUUUGUCAUCCUAGGGCAGGCGGGGCUGCCGGCCGAGCAGCACACUCCCUUCUCGGUUCCCUCUCUGUCCAGGACAGGCGCAGCAUCCCGAGCCCGGCCUCGGGGCUGGACCCGAGCUGGCUGUGAAUGUGCUCUCGGCCCCUGCCGCCCCUCCUUGGGACUAACCACUAACCUCACCCAGCCUCCGAGGGCACCCCUGGCCGACCCAGAGCCAGGACGUGUCGCCCCGAGUCCAGGCCAGAGGUGAGGCCUAGGACAGUCGACUGGGAGUUGGGCUGGAGAAGCUGUUUCUUCUUGGGGUGCUGCUGGGGAAGGGCUGUAGACCGACAGGCAGCCUGAGAGCCUGGAGACCUGUCCCUGGGCAGGUGCUGCCCCAGGACGACCGUGUCCUUGGGAACGAAUGUCACUUGGGCUGUAGGACUGAGGUCCCUGUGGCUCAGUCUCCCUACCUGUGAAGUGGGAACAAGGCUUCCCUAAGGUGCUCUGGCUUUAGUGUACAAUGUUUGCUGUGUUUCCUGCCGUGGAGGGUGCGCCACCCCAAAUCAGGAUGGGAAGCUCCCUGCCAGUCCCAGCCCUGGCCUAGCCAACCUGAAACAGAGAGGCUCUGGCCUGUGUGGGAGGCGGGCAGCUGGCCAAGCCUCUUAGAGGCCUGUGGGCUCUUCCUUCCAGAGCGGGGGCAGUGCCCUUCCCUGGGACAGGCCCGGGGAGAUGCUGCCUGUCCUUCCUCCACAAUCCUUUCUCUGUGCUGGUGUCUGGGACCAAAAGGGUAGGUGGGCUGGGGCCCAGGCCACAUCUGCCCCACUCCUGGGUCCGCCUCGGGCCCGGGAAAGGAGGGGAUUGAGCAGGCAAACACUGGGGUGUCCCAGCUUGGGGCCCUGAGCCUUGCAUAUGAGCCCACGGGCCUGGCCAGACCUCACUGCAGGGCCCUGUGUGCUCCAGGCCCCACCUGGCCGCUGUUCUGGGCCUCCACAGCAGAUCUGCCCAGUUGUUCCUCUGGGUAGCUCCAGUGGCGGGAGCGUUCCUGGCCCAGCGUCAGGAGCAAGGCCCCAGCCGCCCUGCCUGGGUGCCUGCCGUUUGCUCGGCCACUGCUCAGAAGCACAAACGGCUGGCCGCGGCCCUGGGAGGCCGCCCGCAAUGUGAAUGUACAUAGCAUGAGGGGCCGGCGCUGUCCGGACAGGCUGCGGGCUGCGGCCGUCUUGGGAGUGCCCACCGUGCGUCGUGUGCGUGUGCCUGCCCCAUCUGUGACUUCACCGAGUUCCUUCUACUCACCGAGGUUGAAUAAAGGAAAAGGAGAAUCAUCAAAAGGGGUUCAAACCCAAGCCUCAGUCUCUGGAGGGGAGCAGGUCCUGCCAUUGGUUUUCUUUCUGUUCUAAGUUUUAAGGGUCCCCUUCCUAACCACCCCCCAUCCCAGUGACCUCUCCACGUCCCUUCCGGCCUUGCUCCGCACAGGCCCUGCAGCAUCUGGGGGGAGGGGGGGCAGCCCUUAACAAAGUGGGUGGCAGGUGGGAGGGAGGACCCCCGGGGCCUUGAAGCCCCACAGGGUCAAGCUGGCUCCUGGGCCGACAGGCGGGGCCAGCAGGAGGCGGGGUCCAGCUGGGACAUCUGGCCCAUGGGGAUCCCCUACCAUGCCCACCCACCCCAUCUCACUAUGCAAUUCCAGCCCAAGCACCAUUCCCUCCCUCCCUCCCCAGGACUUCUGCCCAGCCCCCGUGGGGUGGGGGGGGCGGGUAGCCUCCCUGGGCUCCAGCUGGGGUGCAGGUGGGCAGGGGCUGGGGCCUCCUCUGUGGGACUUUUUGUUUGACCAUAAUGGUUGUGCGCUGUACCACUUCGUUAUAUAUAACAUAUCACUUGAUAUAAUUUUGUUAAGACCUUCCCAGUUCCCCUCCUGGCCCCCGCCCCUCCCCCCGCAGUGUGAUUUAGGGCCCUGAGCGGGAAGGGGGAACUGAGGCCCAAACCACUCGGGGUCUUCCUCCUGCAUCUUCCUCCAACCUCCGUAGGGCCAUGGCUGUAUGUGCUGUCGCUGUGUUUUUUAUUUUUUUGUUUUUGUUUUUUAACUGGGUUUGGGGUUUGAUUUUUAUUUCUUUGGGGGCUUUAUUUUUCUUGGCAGAUAACUAAAAAUCUCAUCAAUGUAAUUUCUGUGGUUUCUAUUCAGCUUGGGUUUCAUGUUUUAAAAUAAACAAAUUUUAAAAAACA